AUGAUCAUGGUAACAACCACAUUCUCGACGACAAACGGAUCUACAUUCGAUUCACCUGAUGACGACCAUUCAAUGGCUAACAACUUUAACGUAGUUGAUGCCUUUUGUAUGACGCAACUUUCACUUAAGAAUUACAGGAGAAAAUUGUCUUUGGAAGAUCAUUUGCACCUAGCAUUGGUAUCAAUCUCCAUGUUAUUCUUGUCGUCCAAUCAAUACCCUGAUGAAGUGAAGCCGUUCUUUAUGGCUAGCAUACUGUUGAUUGCUGCAAUCCAACCAUCAUGCUUAAUUGAUAACCUAUUGACAAAAACCAUCAACCGGGAGCAAGCGGAAACCAAUUUUAAAUCAUUAUCUCUCAAGUUAUUAACACAAAUUCGCGAAGACGUUGAGUGCCUUGAUUACCAAGCUACCACUCGUAUCAAUAGAAGAAGAUAUAGAAUACAUCCUGAUUUUUCGAAUCGACGGCCAGAUUUGUGUAUCACGAAAUCUUGUGGAGUCAAAUGGGACGCAAGCUGUGGUUUUGGAGAAGUAAAACCUGCUGUUCAUGGUCUAAAUCAUUACCUUGUGUGUAAAGACCUACUCAGAGUUGCUAUGUUUUGCAAAAAUUCACUUGAUAGUCAGCAUAUGGAAGGUAUUUUGGGAAUCCAAAUUAUUGGGAGAACUGUUAAAUUUUAUGUGUUGAUUUUACCAGCCAUCGGCUUGUAUGUGCUCCUUGAUCUUGCCGAGAUAAUGAUUCCUGAUAAUUUGCAGAAUUUGGCUAGUCUAGUCAUUGAAACGUCAAAUAUCAUGAAAGCUUUAAAUGUCUUUGAUAUGCGUACAAAUGAUACCGAAACUCUCAUCAAGCGACUUACACCAACGAUAUCAAAAAUCAUGUUUGAUCAGGUGUUUUCCACUUCGAAACAUCGUAAUAGACAGUGCCCUUUCAAACUUUGUCAUGAUUAG